CAUGAAAAAGAUAACCAAACAGUGAAAGAAAGUGUGUUGGCAGUCGGCAGUGCGAUGUUAGUUUUGUGUUAAUUUUCGGGUUUAAAAUGCCUUUUUAGGCAACAUUUUAAUUUGUAAUAAAAGAAUUAAUCUAAACACCGUUUGGAAAACUAAACUUUUGAGAGCCAACCCACUGAAUAUUGUUCUUUGGUGCUGUAUUAUCUCCCUCGUCGUUUUGUUAUAGACUAAAAGAAGAGACGUAAUUAUGGAUAGUAAAGGAUCCUCUGUUUAUUUUAUAAUAUUGUUAUUAUAUCCCCAUUUGUCUCAAGCAUUUUAUCUUCCCGGUCUGGCUCCUGUUAAUUACUGUAAAGUUGGGGAAUCAUCACCUACUUGCAAAUCUGAUGUUGUGCUGUACGUCAACCGACUAAAUACUGAAGACUCUGUUAUACCUUAUGAGUAUCACCACUUCGACUUCUGUGUGACAGAUGAAAGUCAUUCUCCGGCUGAAAAUCUUGGUCAAGUAGUGUUUGGAGAGAGAAUAAGACCAUCUCCUUAUAAGUUGACUUUUUUGAAAAACGAAUCCUGCAAACAUUUGUGCACCAAGAGUUACAAAUUCGGUGACAAAGAUGCGGAGUCAAAACUGAACUUGUUGAAGAAAGGAAUGCUUCUGAACUACCAGCACCAUUGGAUUGUGGACAAUAUGCCGGUGACUUGGUGUUAUCAUCUCGACGAUGGCCGCCAAUACUGCAGUACAGGGUUUCCGAUGGGCUGCUACGUCAGGGACCAUCGUCACCCUGAAGACAUCUGUAUGAUUAGUAAACUGUACAACCAACCCAACACAUAUUACAUCUUCAACCACGUUGACCUGGUGAUAACCUAUCAUAGUGGGGAGGGGGAGGAGUGGGGCAGCACCUUCAGGAGCAAUGGAGGACGGAUUGUUUCUGUGAAGGUAACUCCUCGCAGUAUAAAACACGAGAGCUCUGACAGACUCAAUUGCAACACGAGAGAUGCAGCUCCGAUGGCAAUACCUGACCACAAACUCAAGGAUGGUGAGCCGAUCGACAUUGUCUACUCGUACAGCAUCACGUUCGAGAAGAACAACACAGUGAAGUGGUCGUCUCGCUGGGACUAUAUCUUGGAGUCGAUGCCGCAGACCAACAUCCACUGGUUCAGCAUCCUCAACUCCCUCAUGAUCGUGCUGUUCCUGUCUGGUAUGGUGGCUAUGAUCAUCCUGCGGACGCUACACAAGGACAUCGCCAGGUACAACCAGAUUGAUUCUGGGGAAGACGUGCAGGAGGAGUUUGGCUGGAAGCUGGUCCACGGAGAUGUGUUCCGUCCCCCCAGGAAGGGAAUGUUGCUCUCUGUGUUCCUGGGCUCUGGCAUCCAGGUGUUCUUCAUGACUCUUGUCACUCUAGUGUUUGCCUGCCUGGGAUUCCUGUCGCCAGCCAACCGAGGAGCUCUGAUGACUUGUGCAAUGGUCCUCUACGUCUGUCUGGGUACUCCGGCAGGCUACGUGUCUGCCAGGGUCUACAAGAGUUUCGGCGGAGAGAAGUGGAAGUCUAACGUUUUGCUGACCUCUAUGCUUACACCAGGGAUCGUGUUCAUGUUGUUCUUCAUCAUGAACCUGGUCCUGUGGAGCAAGGACAGUUCUGCUGCUGUACCGUUCUCCACGCUCGUAGCUCUGCUGUCACUUUGGUUCUGUGUAUCUGUUCCCCUCACAUUCAUCGGAUCUUUCUUCGGAUUCAGAAAGAGGGCUAUUGAACAUCCUGUUAGGACUAACCAGAUUCCCCGUCAAAUCCCGGACCAGAGUGUCUACACACAACCCAUCCCUGGUAUCAUCAUGGGUGGUGUGUUGCCCUUUGGGUGUAUCUUCAUACAACUCUUCUUCAUCUUGAACUCCAUCUGGUCAAAUCAGAUGUACUACAUGUUCGGCUUCUUGUUUCUGGUGUUUGUUAUCUUGGUGAUAACAUGUUCUGAAACUACAAUACUGCUUUGCUACUUCCAUUUGUGUGCUGAGGACUAUCAUUGGUGGUGGAGAAGUUUCCUGACCAGUGGUUUCACGGCCGUCUACCUCUUUCUCUACUGCGUCCACUACUUCGUCACCAAACUGAACAUAGAAGAUGCAGCGUCUACUUUCCUCUACUUCGGAUACACUUUCAUCAUGGUUUUUCUCUUCUUCCUCUUGACAGGUUCCAUCGGUUUCUUCGCUUGUUUUUGGUUCGUCCGCAAGAUUUACAGUGUUGUCAAGGUGGAUUGAAGUGCCUAACAAAGACUAUUUUACCACCCCUCUAUAAACUUGUGUACAUAGUUGUGUGAAGUGGAUCAUCAGGUAUGGCUGUAAAUAUGUUUCAUCAGUGAUGCCCCGAAAGAUCAUCUUAAUGGCAAAUAGCCAUUCCUGCUAGUGAUAAGCAAUUAUCUUCAUCGAGUAGAUCAGCUUUUUAUAUUUAAAGACAGAUCAAAUUUGUACAUGAUAAGUUACAAAGGUUUUGAAUUACACUUUGUGGGGAAUCAUAUUGAAUACUAGUAAAGUUCAUCCUCGAAGUAAAGUAGAAUUGUAAAAUAUAGAUUUUAUAGUCAUGAAUUUACAAUGCAGUAUUGUUGAGUUAGUGUAAAUUUUAGAGUUCUAAUUAUAUUUCUGCACUAUUGGAAUAUAUAAGUUAUAUCAAAUUAUUGAUUUUUUCAAACUAAUCAAAUCAAGUACUUUGCAUUUCACUUUUCAAUGCUACAUUUGCCAUAGUUAUCUAAUGUAACAAUAUUAUGUUCAUUAUGUGUUUGAUUAUAAAGAUGUUGAUUGGUUGAGAUGAUUGGUUUCAAUUGUUUAUAAAUACUUGUGAAUGUAAAGUUUAACAACAUAAGUGAAAUAAAGCAUAGAAAAUAAUGAUCGUAACAAAAUGAUUAUAAAAAAAAUUAUUCCAUUUAAAAGAGUGAUUGAUUGAUUAAAAUUAAUUGUUGUGUUUAAUUUUUAACCCAAACAGGACAAAGCUUGGGUUUUAGCACAAAAUUUCUCUAUUUUAUUUCAUGUCAUAAGCGUCAGUAACUGGUCUCUAAUAUAAUUUAUCUUUUUAAGUUAUAAAAUAACGUAUUAAUUUUUGCUAAAGUAGAAUGUCUUAUUUAUCUUUUUAGGUUUAUUCAUCCAUCAUUCCUUUUAAAGCUAGGCCAUUUUGAUCAUGGUUUUCUAACCAUUAUUCUACAGUUGUAAAUGCAAUUUCUUACAAUCUAAUCAUUAUAGUUAUGUUUUGAGAUGUAUCAAGCAUAUGUGUGAUAAUUAUCAUGUAGCCGUGGUUGAUUUUGUAAAAACUAAACAAUAUACAUUUUACAGUA